CACUUCUAUCGCUCGACCAUAAACUUGGUAACAAUGGCGGGCUUGAAUGAGGAGAAUAUCACCGCCUUGUUUGAUCAGUUAGUCUCAGAAAAUGUUCUCGUUUACGGCCCUUAUAAGUCUAUCAAGUGCGAGGCUGAAGGCUACCCUCUCGAGUUCCGCGUCUGCGAGCAUCUGAGCAAGAAGCCACACACCGUCGACGCAAAACUCGGCUCAAUGUUCGACAAGAGCCGCAAAUGGGGAUCAGGCAGCGACAUGUACCUUCCUAACGAGCGGCUAAUCUUGGGUCAACUGAACGGCACGCAUGAUCUAGCGCUGAACUUGUUCUGUGUCGAUCGACCUCAGCUCCUGAUGUUGACCCUGGACUCGUAUCAGCGGCAGUACGACCCACUGGCGCUUGAUGACUUUGAGGCUGCGCUGGAGACCUUGAGGUUGUUUCCUAGCAUGUACGUGAUAUACAAUUGCAGCGAAGCCGGUGGGUGCAGUAGGAUGCACAAGCAUCUGCAAGGUCUCAAGGGGCCGCCGUACGCGUUUGAGUAUAUGGUACGCGCAAGUGAGGAGAAGCUCAGCGUCCCAUUCCGGUUCUUCACACAUCACUUUGAUCAGGCGUUACGGUCUUCAUCGGCAUCGGAUGUAUUUGAUGUAUACAGAGUGCUCCUCGACCGAACACGAGAUGUGCUUGGGGUUGGACCAGAAGACGUCUGCCCUCACAACAUUGUUCUGUGGGACGAUAGACUUAUUGUUUUACCUCGCCGGCGAGGGUUCUUCGAAGGAGCAAGUGCGAAUGCUGGCGGAAUGAUGGGUUGUGUAUGGGUGCCAGAUGAGAAACAGGUGGAAGAGUGGAAGAGGAUUGGGCCCGCGAAGGUUUUACGAGAGCUGGGCGCCCCAUCAACGUGAGCUCACCAUAGGAGCAACAUACACUCCAGCGACUGCAGCGUGGUUAUAGUAGACGUCGGCAUUUGUUGGACUUAUAGAGACCAUAAACGAAUCUGCACGCACGUG